AUGGCAAGCCCAUCCGACACUAUUAUUAUAACCGAUGACGAGGAAUUGCCAAGCCUCGAGCCAGAUAGUCCAAGACCUCGGAGGGCCCCUCGGUGUGAUUACAGUUACCGGGAGUUCGAGAACAUGAUCGUUGAAGCAGUCGGUGAUGAGACGGAAACGACACCAUCACGCAAACGCAAAAGAAUUGAAACGAAUGAGCCGUCUGCAUUGGACAACGCCUUUGGGGAGCUCCGGAAGGCAGUCAGCCAUAAAAUGCAACGGCUACAAGAGAAAAAUCGCAAGCUUCGAGAUGAACUUUGCCAGGAGAGGCAGAGGCACCAAAAGACGGAAGAGGAACUUUCCCAACAAAGAGAAAAGCGUAUUUUAGAGUGCAAGAUCUGCUAUAUGCAGCCAGAUCGCUGGAUGUUCGUUCUAUGUGGACACAUGGUCUGCAGGUCAUGCGCAAGAAGUCUUGCAACAACGGAGAAGUGUCCUAUCUGCCGAGCACCAAUCACGGGAUAUAUCGGAUGCUACCCUUUUGCAGGAUAA